GUUUUUCUAUCCGACAAAGACACCGAGUUGAACUUCCAUAAUAAAAAGGCAUGUAAGUCGGUAACUCCGUUUUAGUUGUGAAACCCAAUGUUUGCUAUGUUGCGACAUCUUAUCGGCUGCGCAGUUAUUGGAAUUCUUUGUACAAGUAAGAAAAUCGGCGGUGAUCCAAUUAAAUCAAGAUUUGAUGAUGAAACUUUUCCUCGAGAUAGCAAUAUCUGCAAACCGUUGUUCAAAGAACCGAAGUGCCUGGCAAGUUUCCAACAAUGUGAUAAAUCCUUAAACUUGCAGCAAUCGAUUUUAUCAUCGCAAUUGACAUUGGUGAAACAUGGCGGGAUCUGGGAACAAAGGAGUUAUCACGGCAGAAAAUUGCCAAGAAGAAUGGUUCAAUUACCGUUCAUGUUUCACAGAUAUCGAGAAAUGCUCUCUAUUGCGCAAAAUUAUUUGGUUACGACAGCAAAAGUUGAAUUGAACACAAGCUACACUGCAAUAAGAGCAAAUUUAUUUUCUCUUUGUUCGGCAAUGCAUCUUAAGCGUCACAUUCAAAACAGAAAAGUCGAAUUUGACGAGGGAAAUAACAAUACCAAUGCUUUUCUAUUCGAUAUCCUUGAUGACGAAUCAUUAAGAAUCUGGAAAAAGAGAAUGGGACGUUUAUAUAACCGUCACUCUCGCAAGCAACAUCACCAUUGGUUUCUUGCGGAGAUGCUGUUUCACAUAAAAGCUUUGAUUGAAAAAUAUCAAUUCCUGCAUCGCGUGAAUUCAUGUUCUGUGACCUCACUCAGUAUGUCAGACGAGACUUGCAUGUUUUAAUGGGUUAAAAUUUACCUACACCAAUUCUAAUGCUAACCUCCGUACAGAUGUAUUCAGAACAACAUUAGACAAUUUUAUUGCGUAAUAUGCUAGGUAUAUUUCAGAGUAAUCAAAACUUAGCCAUUGGCAAAUAGACACGAUCAUCUUGUCGGCAUACCGCCUUUACGUGAUCAGCAUGCAUUCUUGUCUGGGAUUUAAUUUCAGAUAUAAUUUGAUACCUUUGACCUACCUUUUUGUUAUUUUUUCACAAGAUGUUUUGAUAUUAAAAUUAUAGUGUGGCGAAAUGUUUCAAAUGAAAUUUUACUCC